GUCAAUGAUAUAUAGAUCCUUCUGAUUACUAGGAAUUCAUGAUCAUUCUCAUGAAAAUUUAGUCAACUGGUCUCAUUUCCUUCCCGCUUUCUUUCUUCCAGAACCAGCAAACAUUACUGCAAACCGUACUCGCUCAACAACAAUUUCAACUCUCGAGUCUCUAGUCUAUAUCCACUCGAAUCUACCUAAUUCAUUGUCUCAUAAAGUCUCAAUCAUGCAACUCACCAUGGAAGAGAUGUAUAUUAGGACGGUACUCGAUCAAGCCAGACAGGAAGUGGAUGAAUCCCUCAAAAGCCUACGAGACUUUACGAAAUCAGUACUUCUUUUAUACAAGCAGAGACCUGAACCUCUCCUGUCGGAAGAAAAACUAAAAGCAGAGUUGCAGGAGGAUUUGGAUGUCUUGAAGGAUUUCAAGAAUAAGCUAGAUGUGCGAGUGGGACGUCAUAACAUAACGAUUAGCGUAGGAGAAUUGGAGGCGAUCAAGGCAGCUGCCAGCAACAUGGUAGAUAAAUGGGAGAUAAAAGAGACAAUGUUAAAAGCAGAAGAGGUAUUGCUUCAAGAAGAUUUUCAAGAGGCAGAGAAGCUGUUUCUGGAGGCUGAAAAAACAUUGCAAAAGGCCCAGAAAGCAUGGGAUGACGCGGAGGCGGAAUGGCAUGCUGCGGCAUUCGAGUUAGCAGAAUCGAAAAUUCUUGAGUCGGAUGACAAGAAUCCAUCACUUCAGCCAGAAACCGAAGAAACAGAAGCUGAAAGCUAGCCGGCUAAAUUGAUUACAUGAGGAGGAGUAGGACGUCAGCAAAACUUAUUGUAGUAGCGUGGUACCUUGACUAUAUUUGAGGAAGACUUCGCUUUGCAAGAGAAGAGUUGCAAUGUUAGAUCACUAUGGAUUCCAGCUCUGGGACGAGAUUUGUUGGAGUAUUCAUAGGACGUAAUAUUGUUAGCAUUACCUGAAUAAUAAAUCAAACA